CUCCACUUUAACCAUCAGCGCAUGGCGGAGACACGAGCUAGUUAGAGCAGCUAUUGAUAUUUGAACGUCUUUUUUGAUCUCACUACUUACACUGCCCACUCACCUUCCAGCACUUUAGAUACAUAUCUUCCGUCUUUGAAUCUCUCCCUCCAACCUUUCUUGGAACGAUUCACACUCAAGUCAAAUCCCUUGUCCGCAAUGCCACAACCCCGCACCCCAAUCAAGCUUCCCAUAAGCUACAACGACGUUCCAUUCACACAAAUCAAAACUAAACAUUACGAAAAAGACCCGUCGAUAAUCAUACUCACGCUGUACCGACCGAAGAACUACAAUGCAUUUACGAAUACCAUGAUGUUAGAGUUGGAGGAAGCGUACGGCAUGUUUGACGUCGAUGAUCGCAUAAAGUGUAUUGUGGUGACAGGACAUGGGCGGAUAUUUUGUGUUGGGGCGGACUUGGAGGUCGGGUUUAAGGGCGGGUUUGAACCUGUUAAUGAACAUAGGGAUGGUGGCGGCCGGGUAACCCUUGCCAUCCACCACUGCCGUAAGCCCACCAUCGGCGCCCUCCAAGGCUCCGCCGUCGGCGUUGGCAUAACCAUGACACUACCCAUGAAUAUCCGGAUCGCAUAUCGCCAUGCCAAAAUCGGCUUCGUAUUCGCGCGCCGCGGACUCGUUAUGGAAGCCUGCUCCUCCUUCUUCUUACCACGAUUAAUCGGGCAUUCCCGCGCCAUGGCAGCCGUCACCACUGGAUCCACGUACGAGGCGGGGGAUGCGAUAUGGGGUGGCUUGUUUGCGGAGACAGUGGAUACGGCGGAGGGGGUUUUACCCCGGGCGCUGGAGAUUGCGACAGAGGUUGUGAAGAAUACGAGUGUGGUGAGUACGUAUUUGAUGAAGGAGAUGAUGUUUAGGGAUACCGGGAGUGCUGAGGGCACGCAUUUGUUGGAUUCGAGGAUUCUGUUUGAGUUGUUUCAGAGCGGGGAUAACAAGGAAGGCGUGCAAUCCUUCAUGGAGAAACGACCAGCCAAAUUCAAAGGCACAAUGGAGAACACAAAUGUCUCUGCUUAUCCAUGGUGGAUGCCGAUUGAUGUUGUGGGACGAGCGAAGGUGGAUCCGAGUGGGAAGGCGAAGAUUUGAGUCCCGGGCUGGGUUAACGUAAGGGGUUAGUGAUGGUUUAGGCAGUAGAUGAUUUUUGUUUGCUUAGGGUUUAGGAUGAUUAAUGGGGCCCGAGGGAAUUUGACGUAUAUCUCAUAUGAAUGAAUGC